CUUCCGAGAGGUUGCGUGCGCUACAUGUUAAAAAGACAUCACGCAUAGUUUUGUCCUCACAAAAGUCGAUCAAUGAAUAUAAUUUCGAUGCAAUAAAAUCCUGUGAUUUGAUGAUGCACGAAGAGAAGCAGCAGGCAUUAAAACCGUGUGGCCUAAAUAGGCAAAGAUGUUGCACGAACAUCUUGUGGUUUACUCAGAAAGGCAAGUAGAUAAUCUGAACAAAGUGAAAGUAAAUGGUAAAGAGAUGGCCCUUAAAAGUCACAAAGAGCAGAAAUUUAAUUCAGGUUCAACCAUUAAUGGAAAAUUAGUGAAAGGUCAAACAGUGACAGACCAUUUUAAUCCAAGCAACUGGGUUGGUACAAAUGGUACAAGUGAAAAGCUCUUCUGUGCACUUUAUCUUUGAGCGUCAAAGUGAGAUGAUUUGACCGUGGUGUGACAAUAACAGACAAUAUGUCUUUAAAAAAAACAGCUCGCUAUAUAACCACCUGGGACAUUAUGAAUUAAUUUAAUUUGUCGUAACAGAUUGCAAUAUUAAAACACAAACUGCUUGCCUAAAACCCGUGACCAGGUGCUUUCGAGACGCUCUUGUGUCAUGUUAAAAGACUCCUCCUUCUAGUAGGUUUUGUUAAGCAACGCAGCCUUAAGGACUCAUUCAGUUCCUUUUUAGCAGCAGACGCUCACUAACUCUGCAGUCAGAGGGUCUAUUUUUAAAAAGGGCACCAACGAAGGAGGAUGUGGUCCCUCUAUUGUUUCCCCCGCCUGCUGGUGUGUCUCGAUUGAGGUCGAUCUGGGAUGAUCUAGGACACUGGAGACCGUAGGUAGAUGAUGCAGGUGACGGAGCCCAGCUCGUGCACGGAGGAUCGCAUCCAGCAUGUCCUUGAGCGCUGCCUCAGCGGCCUGGGUCUCGACACUCCCAACAAACAACUCUGGAACGCUGGGCUGUGCAUAAACCGCUGGUGUUUGGAGGAACUUGUAAAGAGAGAUGCCCACAACUUCCUCAUCCUUCUGCAGAAAAUACUGAGGAAAACAACAGAGGUGAUCCAGCAGUGUCGCUAUGAGCUGGUGGUGCCUCUCACUCUCCUGUUCUCGUCCACCCUCCUUAAAGCUCCUCAUGUGGCUCCGGACUGCGGGCUGCUGGAGGAGGCCUACCUGUUGUUCCAUCGUUUCCUGGCCUGGCCUGAGCCUUGCAGCUCUGCCAGUAAAACCCUGCUGAAAAUCAUCCAGAAGGAGCGCAGAGCACCAGGUAUUUCAUUUCAUCAGCUAGUUCGGACCGAGCAGGGUAUUUGCCCUGAGAUUCAGUUCUCCAAAACCAUAACGGUGCUAUUGGUGAACCCCGAUGAGUGCGUCCCUCCGGAGGUCCGGUCCAUCUCGGAGAAGAUAAGCGGCGCUCGGCGGUCCGGCAGAGACGUCGCCAUCACCCUCGUACUGCACAGCUUUCAGGCUUCUCUGGGCGCCACCUGCGACCUGCGAGCGCUACACGCCGCCCUGCAGACCAAGCGGGACGACGAGCUGGACCAGCUGGCGGAGGCCGUGACUGACCACAUGGAGGCCGCGGCUUCUGCGGCGGACCCCGAGACGGCUCGGCGAGCUCUGCUGCACGUCAUGGAGAAGCUCAGAGACAGAGUCGCUGGUCCCGCUGCUGUCUGCACGGACGCUGGGGCCGUUGAGACGUUUAUGCUGCCCUUCCCUAAAUGUCACACGUGCUCCUGGGAAAACGACAACUUUGAUUUUCUGAAAGACAUUCUCUCCUGCGAGUCCGACCUGGACUCCCCUCCGGACUGUUUCCUAGAAAACGAAACGGACAAUGUUAUCAAGGACACCAGUGUGGAUGGGGAAGACGGGGCAGAGGGAAACAAAGAGGACCAUGAGCUCCACAGCCACCGGGUCUCCACCGCAUCCUCGUCCUCGAGGGACUCCAGCUACUCUCUCUCCUCCAGCCACUCUCUCUCCUCCAGCUGGUCCGCCGUCUCCACGCCGUCCGGCUCGUCGGGCGUGGAGAGCGACUUCAGCGAGGACACGGACGGCGGGCCAGACAGCCGACCGAAGCUUCGAAAGAAACCCAAGAAGAAGUCCAGGUCCAUCUUAGGCGUGGAGCGCUUCUCCUUGCUGUUCAAGGGUCCCCGCAGCCCCGGCACCUGCCGGCGGGUCCAGAGCAUGGGCCACCGCCAGGACUUCCCCAGAGACGUUCCCACAGCCGGGCUCAACUCCUUGUCCCUGUGCAGACAAGUCCGCCCGCUGCAUGCGUGCGCCGCCACCCGCGAUCCCCUCUCCCCCCGGAAGCACAUGUGCGUGCGCAGGAGGCCGAUCAUGAGCUGCGACGAGGGCGAUGCGCAGGAGGCGCCGACCCUGGUCAAAGUGGUGGUGUUCGGAGGCGACAAAGAAGCCGGCAGGCUGGCCAGGGCCUACAGCGACCUGCAGCAGAAGGAGAGUAAAUGUCCCCGACUCACCAAGACAUGCAAACUGAGAUUCUACCUUGUUCCCACCAAAAGGAGAGCUACGGGAAGCUCUGGAGGACACGCAUCACCUGAGUCUAACGGCAGCGUGCUGGAGGACGGCACUCAGGACAUAGCCCAGAUGUUGGGCAUGAUGGACCCCUGGUACGAGCGGAACGUCCUCAGUCUGCUCAGCCUGUCCUCCGACGUCCUUUUUCAGACCGCCUGUAAGGACGACGCCGAGUCGGUGAGCGGCGAGGAGCGCCUUCCCCUGCUGGCUGACAUGGUGCUCUACUACUGCCGACAUGCAGACCAGCCGGUCCUGGUGCAGCUCUACCAGGCGGAGUUGACCCUGGCUGGAGGAGAGAGGAGAAAGGAAGUGUUUAUUCACUCCCUGGAGCUCGGCCACACUGCUGGAACCAGAGCAGUCAAGGCCAUGGGUUCUGCCAGUAAAAGGUUUGGAAUCGAUGAGGAACGGGAGGCCGUCCCUUUAACACUCAGUGUUGCCUACAACAAGGUAUUUGUUUCGACUUCCUCCGAACACAAACAGUAUCACUGCACGAGUUAUUUGAAAAGCCGCCCCGUCUACACCUGCUUACAGGUGGUGGUUAGUGGGAGGAGUCAGUGGAUCCAGAAGGAAGUGGUUUGCACAUCGAUCAAUCUCCACAAAGCAUGCAGGAACCCGGAGCAGCUGGAUACCAGAAUAGAAAGUCUGCAGUUGACAAUGACUGAAGUCGUCAAGAGGCAGAGCUCUAAGUCUAAAAAGGGCUACAACCAGCAGAUCUACAUAUCAGAGGUGAAGGUGGACAAGGUGCAGGUGCACGGUGGAGCGGAUGGAGCGACUUUCGCCGUGUGCCUGGAUCAGGAUGAGAAGAAGUUCAUCCAAAGUGUUACCAGGUGCGAGGUGUCUCUCUGCAGUAAACAAGGAAGCAGUUCAGACUGGAAGGCCUACAAGCCCUCGCCCGGCCAGGUGCAGCCUCUGCACCCGUCCUACUGCUCCCUGCUCUGCCUCCCCAUCACCUCUUUCUCCGCCUCGUGUCCCUGAAACACUUUGUACGAUGAACGAAUCCGGGCAUGUUGGAGCCGAGCGGACGCAAAGUUUACGUAAUGUUUUUGAUAAUUACAACAAGUCCAUAGCCAGUGACAAGUCAUCGGGAGACGUCUAUUUCUACAUCAGGUUUACCCUGUUGCUGUGUGACACAUUUUGAUUCGAUGGAUGUGUGUGUGACAGUUUAAAAGGAAUGUUUUCAAGCUUCCUGCAAUUUUCUCCUCUCUAUCUGCUGCAUAAGACAAAUUACUUGAUUGCUACUAUGUACGUUAUGUUGAUAUCAGAGUCAAAUACCAAGCUAUUUAUUUUUAAGUGAUUUUUUUUUUACAUUUUUCACACAACUGGAAUAAAAAUUACAUUAUAUAAAUAAUAAA